AGCUUUUAAUAUGUUGUCAAAGUUUUUUUCAAAUAAAUUUAAAUCGUGUGUACAGAAGACACUAGGAUAAGUCCCGGUUUCACAUCCGCAUUUAUCCCUUUUUUUUCCAAACUGAUUAGAAAGGUUUCCUUUCGAAAAAUUGUCAAGUGAGGUAGUGAACUCGAAAUCCAUACGACAGAAAUGGAUCUGAGCCGUUUAGAAAGAGUUUACAGCGAGAGGACGUCAAUUUGUCACGAUGCCAAUAUUGAAAAAGUUCUGCUUUUGUUUUAGUCUACGAACCGGUGCCCUCAUAAUUGCCUAUUCAAGUCUCUUUAUCGAUAUAACAGAUGCGUUAUUGACGAUGUAUACUAAAGAGAAAUUGUGCUUUGAAGUGCUGAUCAUCAUGAUUAUAUCCACUAUCUGGAAUAUCGUUUCCGAUAUGGUACUGAUGACUGCAAUCUACCGGCAAAAUCCCAACCUGCUGCCCGUGCACCUGGUGACUUGUCUGGGUAGCCUGAUCCUUCGAAUGAUCAGUCACAUGCUGACCGCCGCCGUCGCUGAGCCGGACUAUUUAAUGGUGGCCUAUGCGUUCUUCAUGAUGGGCUAUAUAGCCGCGGAUGUGUUGAUCGUGCUGAGCUACUACCAUUCGGAGGUUUAGUGGACCGCUCCGAUUACCCAUUAACCCAGGCGGCCGAGCGCGCAGCAUGCAGCGAUUAGGCGCGAAAAUUUAUUUGGAAAAUGUUGCGCAACCGGGCCGGGGCAUAAAUCGUGGCCAAUUGUCACCAGCAACCAGGAUUGGCAACCGAACUCCAGCGACCUGCGUUUAAUUAUCGCCCCGCCAGCGCCCGGCGAGCUACAUGCGUGCUAAUUGACCAGGCUGAGGUCCAGCUACAGCUUUAGCUUUAGCUUCAGCUUCAGCUCCAAUCCGAAUCCGAAUCCGAAUCCGAGUCCCAGUUGCAGUCCAAAUGUCCAAAUGAUAACCGCGACGAUGAAAACGCAUGCUGAGCCAAAUGAAAAUUAUGUUGCAAUCGGUGAGCUUGCUGCCCGCUGGCUGGUCACUGAACCGCGCUUUGCACCACCAUCCAUCCACGGGGCUUAAUUAAUUUCCUUGAUUAAUUGAAAGUGCGCCUUGCUCGCCGUAUUUACGUUUUUUUCUUACUUGUUUUUUUUUCCUUUUUCCUUUUUAUUUUUGCUUUU